CUCCAAAUGUAUUUACAUAUAAAAUCUAAAUCUCAAAAGAAGUAUAUCCAACAUAUUUUUUUUCUUAAAAGUUAAAACAACAAUCCAACCUUAUCAAAUGUCAACAAAGGGUGUGCUUCCAAACCAUGUGGGCCUACAACUAUCUCAACUAUGCUCAUGAGUCAUGAGUACAUACAUACGAAAACAACAACUCAACCCAUAAACUGACUACUAUUAACAAAAUACCGAAUACAAAUGAAAAAGUCUUGUAAAGCUUUCACAUGUUUGUAACAAUAUCUUAAAAUAACAAUACUUAGCAAUAAUUUUAAACAAUAAAUAUGACAUAUCUUAGAAUGAAUGAAUUGUAGCGUAUUUCCUUAUUUGGGCCACAUUGGAUGCUUAUUCAGUAUUCUUGAAUUUAAUAUACUUUUUUGAUUUCUAAUUAUCUUUUAGUUCUACGCUUCUACCCCACGUUGAUUAUAAUAUAAUACAGGUAGAGUUUCUUAAUAGUUUAAACUAAAACGUUUAAUAUAUUUAAGUUAUUUUAUUUUUAAAAAAAUUGGGAAACAACUUAUUUUGUUCUAUUGUUAUGACUCACUGGUUUUCAAUACGACAUGAGUGUAUGAGUGUAUGACCACUAUUUUAUAAAAUGAAAUAAGUUGGUUUUAUGAUUCGUAUAUGAUAAAUUCCAAGGUGUAUAUUUAUAAAACUUGAUACCUAAUGAAAUGUUGCAUGUAUAAAUUGAUGAAAUAUUAAUAAAACUUCAAGUGUGAGGCUGUGAUUGCAUACUAUGUUAAUAUUAUGCUGUCCAAUUGUACUUUUGUAUUACAGAAUUACCAUAUGAUCUUGAUUUUGUGGUAUUCGAUAGUAGUGGGACAGGUUGGAUUUGAAUUUGCAUCUUCAAAAUACUCAUUAGUAUUUUGUUUAUAUUGCAAAAACCUCCAAGAAAAUCACCAAAGAAAACAGAACAAGGGUGAAGACAAACGCACCUGCAAGCUGCCCAUAGUCCCACACAAUUAGUUGUCAUUUCCACAAAGCAUCAAUUCCACCCAAAUCCAUGAAAAUUCUCCUCAUUCAGCUCUAAAAUCAAUGGCCACUACAGUAACUCCUGAACAUGGAAGACACAGGAAACCAAGAAUCAAAUCACGCUCUGCAACCCCUAAUUCAACUCAUGUUACUGAAUCCAGGGAACGUCUUCCUCCCAGGAAAAACCUGUUUGGAUUUUUGAGUCUGGGAUGUGGUCGGUGUUCCUCUCCGGCGGCGGCUGUGCAUCCUCCAGGGCGAAUCCUGCCGGAAAAUACGAGAAGAAGGAGGAGGAGGAGGAAUAAACAGAGAAGAAACAGUGGAUCACGCCAGGAAAAUAUGGUGGUUAUUGUUCCGGAUGUUUGCUGUACUCCUCCUGGGAUUGGAUUUACAUAUGAUGUUGCACAGAGUACAAGUGCUGAUACGAAUAGACGAAAUCACCGACAGCGUUCUCGUGCCACAAGGCAAGCGGCGGAUCUUCAACAGCCAUGGAGCACUACAGAAGUCGAUGCUACAGCUUUCAUAAGAUCAAAUGUAUCUGAUUCGAGGCAAUAUACUCGUCUCCAACGCCGUUCUCCUGGGGGAAUAUCUGAGAUUGUGAUGUUGGAACUUAAUCCAUUGUUGGAUGGGAGAUUAGAAGGAAGCGAUCGGUUUGGAGCAUGGAGGAUCAACGCAGAUAUCAUGUCAUACGAGGAAUUGGUGGAAUUGGGUGACAGAAUCGGGUACGUUGGUGGUGGUUUGCAAGAAGAAGAAAUACUCGACUGUUUAAGAAGACCUAAGAAAUCCUUCCUUAAGUCCUUUGACUUUAAUUCUAAAGUCAAAGACUCUAAAUGUAGCAUAUGUCAAGAGGAGUGUAAAGGAGAUGAAGAUUUGGGGAAACUUGAAUGUGGGCAUUAUCAUCACGUAGAUUGCAUAAAACAAUGGCUACUCUACAAAAACGAAUGCCCAAUCUGCAAAACCGUGGCUAAACCCGAUAAAUGAGUGCGAUAAGUUACUAUGUUUUUGUGAUGUUGGUUUUGAUAUAUUUUCUUUUUUGGAUUUUAUUUAGGCUAAGUAUAUGUAUACAAGUAUACAACUAGCUAAGAUUAAGCCCUUUUGUGUUUUUAGUUAUUUUUUUUUUAUCGAUGUUGGUUUUUGUUUAUAAUAAUUGAACAUGUUAUUGUGUUUUGCUGAAUAAAUUACACCAUAUUUGUUAAAAA